AUGAUACAGUUACGGCAUACAAUCGCUCAGCCCGUUCUCGCUGCUUUUCUGGCCGGGGGUGUAGCCGGAGCCGUCUCCAGAACGGUUGUGUCACCACUCGAGCGCCUCAAGAUUCUGUUCCAAAUACAGAGUGCUGGGAGGACGGAAUACAAGUUGCCUGUCGGGCAAGGUCUCAUGAAGAUGUGGAGAGACGAAGGCUGGAGAGGGUUUAUGCGAGGUAACGGCGCCAAUUGCAUACGGAUAAUACCCUAUUCUGCUGUGCAGUUUUCGAGCUACAAUUUCUACAAGAAGUUCGCGGGAAUUCAGCAAGGUGUCCCUACAGCGCCGUGGAAGAACCUCUUGUGCGGAGGGCUCGCAGGGAUUACCUCCGUGACCUUCACCUACCCGCUCGAUCUCGUGAGGACUCGGCUUUCUGUGCAGACCGCAGAUUUCAGUGGGCUCUCAGAGGCCGAAAAGAAGAAUAUGCCUGGGAUGUGGAAGAUAAUGGUCAACGUAUAUAAGACCGAAGGGGGCAUUCUGGCCUUAUAUGGUGGCUACAUUCCGACCGUAGCUGGUGUUGCACCAUAUGUCGGACUGAACUUCAUGACCUACGAGUGGUUGAGGCAGUACUUGACACCUGAAGGUGACAAGAAUCCAUCAAAUUGGCGAAAGCUCCUUGCAGGCGCCGUUUCAGGAGCCAUCGCUCAGACUUGCACGUACCCUCUUGAUGUUCUCCGCCGCAGGUUUCAAAUCAACAAGAUGAAAAGCAUGGGCUACAAAUACAAGGGGAUCUUCGACGCCAUUAGAAUUAUCGCUUCUCAAGAGGGCUUCCGUGGUUUCUAUAAGGGCAUCGUACCAAACCUGCUCAAGGUCGCCCCAAGCAUGGCCAGCAGCUUCUUGAGCUUUGAAGUGACUAGAGAUUUCUUUGUUCGCAUGGGAGAAGACGACGAUGCUUAA